AUGCCCCUCGAUGUCCCUCCACAUCCCUCCACUCUCUUCCACACCCCUCCACACCCCUCCGUAUCCCCUCCUCUUCCCACCACGCGCCUGCAUGCAGGCGGGCAGUAUGGGGGGGCUAGUGUUCCAGAACUGCGCUGUGGUGGACGAGUCAGCAGUGCUACUCACUCCUCUCUGCCCGUCUGCCCCCCUCUGUUCCCCUCUGUGCCCCUCUGUGCCCCUCCCUGCCCAUCCCUGCCCCUCCAUGCCCUACCAUACCCCUCCAUACCCCUCCGUAUUCCCCUUCCUCCUCACCACGCGUGCGUGCAGGCGGACAAUGUGCGGGGGCGAGUGUUUCAGAGCUGUGCGGUGGUGGGCGAGUCAGCAGCGCUCCUGGCGCUGCCCUGUGGAGCACAUAUCGACCGCCAUGAAGCCAUUUUCCGCGUGGGCGCUGCUGCUGCCCGCCCCUGGAGCGGAUUCGUGGGGUCAAGGGUGAGUGGAAUCAGCGCCGCCCCCCUCUACCCCCUCUCCCACUCCCGCAUCUACUCCCUCGUCCAUUCCUUCUUCCGUUCCCCUGUCUGUCCAUCUCCUUCCGCUUCCAUUCCCCCUUCCACUCACUCCUCCCCACCUGCGUCCAUCCCGCGUCCAUCCCCCCCCCACCCCUGGGUGCGCCUGCAGACGAGCAUAAGGGUGGUGCGGCCGGAGGAGCAAGAGGGGGCGCGCGAGGUGAAGCGCGAGAUGGUGCUGGUGGCGGUGCAGUCAGAGAGGGGCAUGCGCCAGUACCUCUCCUACCGCCGCCGCAACACCACGAGCAAGCACGAGCGGCACCACUGCCUGUCGCCCGCCUUCCUCACAUACGUGCGCUCUCAGGCCCGCCACUUAGACCGCCUCAUGGGGCACAGCGAUGAUGCUGCUGCUGCUGCUGCUGGAGGAGGAGGAAAGGGAGGCCGAGAUGAGACGGGCACAGGGGAAGGCAGCAGCAGUACAGUGGGGGUAGAAGGGGGAAAGGGGGGAGGAGGUGAGGGGGGCAAGGAGGAGGACGGGCUACCAGAGGUGUCAGAGGGAUGGACGGCUCUUAUGCUUGCACUCAAUACGUGCAGACGGGUGACUGUGUAUGGGUGGCCGUUGAGCGAGCAGCAGACGGCAGCGCAGAGGGGAGGGGACAUGCUGCUGCUGCCGCAGUCGUAUGCCACGCGCUGCCUUGUCACCGACCACCACUCGCCCCAGGACCGCCGCCGCCUGCUCGCUGUGCUGCACACGGGUGUCGCAACCCUCGGCAUGCCCUGCGCCCUCGAGUGUCUGCAGGGCCUCCCCUCCUGCCCGCAGUGCAUUGGUGAUAACCUCAGCACAUCUCACGUGGCAGACGGGUUGCAGCGUUGGCGCAUGCUGCCCCUGCCACCCACCGGAUGCUCCCCCUCCAACUCCUCCUCUUCCUCUUCCUCUUCCUCCUCCUCCUCGUCAUUUGCCGAUCACCAAGUCUCACAAGAGCGGCCCGCCAACUCCCCAUCCUUAGGAUCACAUACUCGUGCAACCCCUAGCACAUCCACACAGCAACCCAACAGUGCGGGCAGUCCUGCAGAGGGGUAUGCUGCCGAUGGGGACUCUGACUUGCCCCUUGACCGGCCAGCCACAACGGAGGUGGGAGUGGCAGCCAUGCAGCUGCCUUCGUGGAUGGACACUGGCUUACCGCAUGAUGUCUCGUAG